AUGGCUGAGACCCUUCGCCCAGUCUUCUCGGACCGCUUACACCCAAAGCUCUCCUAUGGUAUCCCCUUCCCAGCUGCCGCAGCGCAUCAUGUCACCGCAACCUUCCAUGCGUCUCGAGUCUAUGUUCUGUGUUCUGGCUCAUUGGAGCGCAAUUCGCACGUACUGGAGCGGUUGACCUCGGCUCUGGGAGCAGAUAGAGUGGUCGGCAAACGCAUUGGCAUGAAAAGCCAUACGCUGUGGUCGGAGGUCGUCGAGGUCGUCAACGAUGCGCGUCGAGAGCAAGCAGAUCUGCUCAUGACAUUGGGAGCUGGAAGUCUCACGGAUGCUGCUAAGAUUGCUGCUCUUGCUCUCGCAAAUGACGUCCAAGACAUAUCCGACCUUUCAACCCUUUGCGAAGGACCCCGAAAACGUUCCAUCAUAAACCCUCCCAUAGUCCCAAUUAUCUCCAUCCCCACCUCCCUUUCCGCAGGGGAAUACUCCAAUUUCGCCGGAGGAACCGACAGCACCGGCCAGAAACGCUCAUUUUCUUCCCCGACGCGCGGUCCACAACUCGUCAUCCUCGACCCGGAUCUAGCCUCGACGACACCAGACCGCAUCUGGCUAAGCACGGGGGUCCGAGCAGUCGACCACUGCGUCGAAGCUCUGUGUUCCGUCGAUGGCCCCACGAAGGAAUCAGAUGAUACAUCAGAACAAGCACUCGGCCUCCUGCUACCAGGAUUACUAAGAUGUGCUGGGGAUCCGAACCGGAAGGACAAAGAGGCAAGAUUGCAAUGCCAGAUCGGCUCAGCGAAUGCCAUGACGGCUGCCACGAGCGGGGUGCAGUUAGGCGCGAGCCAUGGAAUUGGACACCAGCUGGGUCCCCUUGGUGUUGGCCAUGGGGAAACGAGCUGUAUCCUUCUCCCGUCCGUGUGCAGAUAUAACCUAGUACACGAUGAUGCACGAGGAACCAACCGCGCACGCCAGGAACGUGUGCUGAGGUUCCUGGAAUCCAACGCGGUAGUGGCGGGUGUGCUCCGUUCGCGGUCCGUGGAUGUCCAGAAAGCCGAUCUAGCUGUUGUCUUGGACGCUGUGAUUCGCGAAUUGGGCAUGCCGCGGACUUUGAAAGAUGUGGGGGUGUAUCUGAAUCAGGAGCAGCUUGAGGGGUUGGCCGCGAAGAGUUUGCAGGAUCGGUGGUGUCUGACGAACCCUGUUCCGCUGAAGGAGAAGGAUCAGGUGUUGGAAAUCUUGAGGACAGUUUUAGAAUGA